CUGGUAGAAACGGAAGGUAAAUAUGGACGAUACGUAAGCUUAAGUCACUCCUGGGGGAAAGCGCAAAUCAUCACGACCACGAAGGAAAAUAUUGAAUCUCAUAGGAAGUGCAUACCCACUGGAGGUCUUUCGAAAAACUUCUCCGAAGCAAUUGACAUGACACGGCGACAGGGAAUACCGCACAUCUGGAUCGAUUCAUUGUUCAUUGUACGCAACGACAAGAAUGAUUGGGCUAAAGAAGCGUUGAAAAUGGGCACAUUCUACCAGAACCCUGUCCUCGCAAUUGCAGCGGCUUUUUCCUCUAGUGAAGGUGGAUUAUACACGAACUUUCGAUUUCCACGUUUUAGGCAUCAUAGAUGA